AUGCAUUUUAAAUCCUCACUUGGACUUAAUGGCUUAGAGGUUAGUUCUUCAGUAAUUAAAUAUCAAGAUGGUAAUAAAGAAGUUAAAUUCAUUAGUGGAGUAGUAUCGGUUGGAGUUGAAAUAGGGGAUAAUAUAGGAAAAGCUGGAUUUGAAGCAAAAUUAGAUGUAAUAAAUUUAGAAGUUAAUAGUCUUGGUUUAAAGACAUAUCUAGGAGUUAAUACAAGUACGGGUGUAUCAUUUAGUAGUGAUAAUAUAGAAACUAAUCUUGCAGGCUGUGGUAUUAAAAUUGGAAAAGUAGUAGGUAUCACCACGCCUAUUGGAGGUAUAUCACUUGAUAUUGGAAACUUGAUUAAAACCAGCAUGACUAUAUUAGAUAGAAAUGUAAAGACUAAUAUUGCAAGCGGUGGUAUUAUGGAUAAGAUGUCUGGAAAAGAAAUGAAUAUCGGAGAACAAUUAUUUAUUAUUGUAGAAACAGGUGCAUUAAUUAGUAACGGGGAUGUACUGACUAGUACUAAGGAUGGGAAAGAAAUAUGUAUUAACACGCUUACUGGAGGUGAAUUAAUUAAUAUUGAUAAUGCCAUUGCAGAAGCAACAUGUAAUAAUGAAAGCUUUAAGACUAAUAUUACAGAUCUCGGUAUUAAGGUUGGGGAGAAAAUAGUUGCCAAUAUGAACAUUGGGGAAAAAAUAGUUGACAAUAUGAACAUUGGGGAAAAAAUAGUUGACAAUAUGAACAUUGGGGAAAAAAUAGUUGCCAAUAUGAACAUUGGAGGUAUAACAUUACUAUCUAACAUUAAAGACUUGAUUAAUACUUCUACAAGUGUAGAAUGUAGUAACGAAAGUAUAAUGACUAAUAUUGAAAGUUGCUAUACUAAAGUUAAGAAAGAAAUAAGUGCCAACACGCCUAUUGACGGUAUAUUAAAUAAAAUUAGAAAUUUGAUUAAAUGA